AUGGAUUCCGCCACGGGGAUCAAAGGAGAGCGAGAUCUGCCGGAGGCAGAGAAACGCCGGCCAACCGAUCUGGGGACUGUCACUGUUGUCUUCUUGCUCUCGUUGCCGCUGCUGCUCCUGUUCUUCCUCUUCGGCGACCGAGCUGUCGCCUCCAUCGCACGUGCGGAAGUGCAGAGUACUUGCUCCUUUCUCUUGCGGUCUUGCCUACAAGCGCAUCUGUUGCACGGUAAUGGCCCGGCUCUUACUGUUCCAUUCGUUUGUAUCGCAGGCUCCGGCAAUGCGUUCUCAUCCCCAGAGAACGCUCACCACGACCAGCUCCUCGGCGGGCUUCUCUCGCAAGACUUCGACGCAGCGACGUGCCUCAGCCGGGUACGAGGCGUCCAAGAGAUGGAAGACACCGUUGCCGUUCCCAGUGUCCCCUUACCUCGUGCAGAAGCUGAGGCAGUACGAGUCGAACCAUCGCGGUGCGGACCGGGCACCGCGAACUACCGCGAGGCCAUGGCGCAGCUCACGUCCGGCCGCAACGGCGACCGCGCCGAAUGCAGGUACGUGGUGUGGUUCCCCAUCCAGGGCAUGGGCAACCGGAUGCUCAGCGUCGUCUCCACCUUCCUCUACGCGCUGCUCACCGGCCGCGUCCUCCUCGUCUAA